AUGUCUUCUGCUCCAUGUCCUAGCUUACUGGUGCUCGUGGCAAUGGCCUCCGCGGCGUCGGGGCAGCUGUCGCCGACGUUCUACCUCACAUCGUGCCCGAGCGCGCUGUUCAUCAUCCAAACCGCGGUCCAGGCCGCAGUGAACAGCGAGCCCCGCAUGGGGGCGUCGCUGGUCCGGCUGCACUUCCACGACUGCUUUGUUGAUGGAUGUGACGGGUCCGUUCUGUUGGCGGACACCGGGAGCUUCGUCGGCGAGCAGGGAGCUGCUCCCAACGCCGGUUCCAUUCGAGGCAUGAACGUCAUAGACAACAUCAAGACCCAGGUCGAGGCCGCGUGCACGCAGACCGUCUCCUGUGCCGACAUCCUCGCCGUCGCUGCCCGUGACUCCGUCGUUGCGCUUGGAGGGCCGUCAUGGACUGUUCCACUUGGGAGACGGGACUCCACCACCGCAAGUGCGGCGCUGGCGAACAGCGACCUCCCAGGCCCUGGCUCCAGCCGGUCACAGCUCGAGGCCGCGUUCCUCAAGAAGAACCUUAACACGGUCGACAUGGUCGCGCUCUCAGGCGCGCACACCAUCGGGAAGGCCCAGUGCUCCAACUUCCGGACUCGAAUCUACGGCGGUGCCACCAACAUCAACACUGCCUUCGCGACGUCUCUCAAGGCCAACUGCCCCCAGUCCGGCGGCAACGGCAACCUGGCGAACCUGGACACGACGACGCCCAACACGUUCGACAACGCCUACUACACCAACCUCCUGUCACAGAAAGGGCUCCUGCAUUCGGACCAGGUGCUCUUCAACAACGACACCACCGACAACACCGUCCGCAACUUCGCAUCCAACGCGGCGGCCUUCAGCAGCGCCUUCACGACGGCGAUGAUCAAGAUGGGAAACAUCGCGCCGCUCACCGGGACGCAGGGGCAGAUCAGGCUCAGCUGCUCCAAGGUGAACUCGUGA